UUUGGCUUCAGUAUAUUUACAGUGUGAGUUUAGCCAGUGAGCUAGGGAUGGACGCCACUGAAUACCGGAUCCGGGGCAAAGAACUCGUCGACUACAUUGCGGAUUAUCUGGAAGACAUCCGGGAGCGCAGAGUGUUUCCAGACAAGAAACCCGGAUUCCUCCGGGACUUGAUUCCCGACAGCGCUCCCAUCGAGGGCGAAACCUGGCCCCGGAUUUUCGCAGACAUAGAAAAUGUCAUCAUGCCAGGGGUCACCCACUGGCAGAGUCCCCACAUGCAUGCGUACUUCCCGGCUUUGACGAGCUACCCCUCCAUGCUGGGGGAGAUGCUCUCCAAUGCCAUCAACUGUGUGGGAUUUACUUGGGCGUCCAGUCCGGCUGCUACCGAACUGGAGAUGAUCGUGAUGAACUGGCUGGGGAAGAUGAUCGGUCUUCCGGAGAAUUUUUUGCACCGGAAAAAUGGUAGUGGUGGUGGGGUCAUCCAGACCACUGCUAGCGAGGCCACCUUGAUCAGUCUACUGGCAGGUCGCUGGCAGGCGAUUAAGAAGUACAAGGAGCUUUAUCCGGACGCCGAAAAUGGCGAAAUUAACAGUAAAUUAGUUGCUUAUUGUUCGGACCAAGCUCACUCCAGCGUAGAAAAAGCAGCCUUGAUCGGUUUAGUCCACAUCCGGUAUAUCGAAUGCGACGAGAACUUAUCGAUGCGUGGACCCGAACUGUUACAGACUAUCAAGAAAGACCGCGAGCUUGGAUUCAUACCGUUCUGGGUUUGUGCUACUUUGGGCACGACAGGUGCUUGCUCCUUUGAUAAUUUAGAUGAAAUUGGAGACGUUUGUGUGGAGGAGUUUUUGUGGUUGCAUGUCGAUGCAGCGUACGCUGGGAGCGCCUUUAUAUGCCCAGAGUACAGAGUUUGGCUAAAAGGUGUUGAAAAGGUUGACUCAAUUUCCUUUAAUCCAUCGAAAUGGCUGAUGGUACAUUUUGACUGCACGGCAAUGUGGGUUAAAAAUAGUUUAGCACUUCAUGAAGCCUUCAACGUGGACCCGGUGUACCUCCAACACGAAUAUUCAGGUCUAGCGAUUGACUAUAUGCAUUGGCAGAUACCGUUAAGUAAGAGAUUCAGGGCCAUUAAAUUGUGGUUUGUAAUUCGCAAUUACGGCAUUACCGGACUUCAAAAACACAUACGCGAGGGCGUGCGUCUCGCUCAAAAAUUCGAGGCUCUCGUCCAGUCGGACGCCCGUUUUGAGAUCCCAGCCAAGCGCCAUCUAGGGCUUGUUGUUUUUCGCCUAGUGGGCGACAACAUUAUCACUGAAACUCUUUGGAAAAAGAUCAACUCUCGAGGAAACAUACACUGCGUUCCGGCCAUAAUCAAGGGCAAAUACAUAAUCAGGUUUACAGUAACGUCUCCGCGUACCACAAACGAGGACAUUGUGAAAGACUGGCAGGAAAUCAAAACUGUGGCAACUGAAGUCCUCAACGAGUGGACUCCUGGUGCCCGGCCAAGAGUCCCCCUUGCGGAUACCAAGAACAGGAACGAGAAUUUCGGGACAAGUCUCUUGCUUUCCAAUUCGCCAAUGUCUCCCAAAAUUGUCAAUGGAAGUUUUGCAGCCAUUUACGACCGCGAUGACGUGAUUGCCGAAUACUCCAAAACGAUUAAAUUGAGACAAGAUGCACAGAACAGUCCUGCAAUGAGGAGAAGAAUCAAGGGGAUUUUAAUGUCGGGAAAACAGUUUUCUUUAGAUUCGAGACUAGACUUGUUCCACGGCAUCGAAGCCGGGACUCCAAGUCCCAGUGAAGGCUUACCGCCUUUGGAAGAUUAUAACGAAAGUGAAGACAACGGGAGCACUUUUUCUGGAGAAUUCGAGCCGAAUGAACCCAACGAUGAUUUUCUCCAAGUGCCAAAUGCACCCAAACAAAAACGGUCCAAGUCGGUGGAUCAUCAAGUCCCAAUUUCAAUGCAAAGUGAGGGUUAUACAACUUGUAAAAAAUGUGGGCACCAAAUAAUCACAAUCCAGAAAUAAGCUCUUUAAAUGUUGUAGCUUUUCUCUCUUGUGUUGUAACUUGUAACUUUUAAAUUAAAGGUAGACUUACUGCUGUGCUAUGCAAUAAUUCUCCUAAUGCAACAUAGCUGUUUUAGAUCUAAGACUGUAUGCACGAUAUAAAUAAAUUGAUGUUGAU